UCUGUCAUCUUUGUCGUCGGUGAGAAAUGUUUGAAAGCCAAUAAAACAUCACCAUUCGUCGGUAGCAACAUUUCCAGCCAAAGUUUGCGUUUUUAACCCUGAGAUUUCACUGGUGAAGGAAAGAGAUAGAAAUUGUACUGCAUCGAAACCCAGCCGUACGUCCGCACCACCUUAGGAGUGAAGCAUGCUGAAGGAAAAAGACGAUGAUCAGGAAAUUUGCAAAGCACCAUCACCGACACCGGAGGAAAGGAAGCAUUCGAGGGAUGUCGACAUAGACCCGAUAGGGUCACAAAGGGUAUUCAAGAAGACGUCAUCCAAUCAGCUGCUGACACUGUAUCUGGGCAGCCGGGAACUGGUGGCUCGGAAAGGAGCCAUCGAACCACUCAGGGGUGUCAUCUACAUCGAUCCCAAAAUCAUCAACGAUGCCAAAAUCUACGGUCAGCUGACUUUGACCUUCCGGUACGGCCGCGAAGACGAGGAGGUAAUGGGUCUAAAGUUUUGUAAUGAAGCCGUCAUCGCCUUACAGCAAAUUUGGCCGAAGCCGGCCGGUAGCGAACCGGAUGUCCUGACACCCCUGCAGGAAGCCCUGCUGGAUAGACUGGGAAAAAAUGCAGUUCCUUUUUCGCUGGAAAUUGGCACACUGGCACCGCCAAGCGUUCAGCUCCUACCGGCGAAGCGCUACUCCGGAGCCCCUAUCGGGACCAGCUACGAUGUGCGAGUUUACACUGCUGAGUCAACAACGGACGAACGAGUCCAAAGGCGGUCGACAGUCAGGCUGGGAGUAAGAUUGAUCCACAAGAUAUGCCCCGAGUCAAGCAGAGCUUCCACCCUGGAAACCGCCACCGAGAACAAUUCGUUCUCGGUCAGCGACUCAGGCAGUCUUGGGCCAAAGUCUCCUCCCAUCGCGGUUGACCCACCGAGCAACAGCAGUAGCAACGUCACUAAUCCAACCACCCCGACCAGCACGGCAAACAGCGCCAUCAAUGCACCUGCUGCUGCUUCUGCAUCUUCCGGCGGCGGAGGAAGCAAUAAUAGUACCAUACCACGCGCUCUCAGAUUGCGGCUUUCGCCAAAGUCACUAAAGCUGUCGUCCCUGCACCGGCACAGCAGCAGCGUCGAUAGCACCAACGGUGGCGUCCGGACGUACGGCGAGCACGGCUUGAUUGAACUAACGGAUGUGAACAAGGGACCGCAGGUAUCCGUGGACAAACCAUUUCUGUGGGCCGACGGCCGUGUGAAUCUGAAAGCCUCCCUCAACAAAGCGGCAUAUGUGCACGGGGAGAAUGUUACCGUGACGCUCGACAUAAAAAACGACAGCCGGAAAGUUGUGCGGAAAAUUCGGCUGGUUGCCGUGCAGCAUGUGGACGUCUGCAUGUUCAGCAACGGAAGUCAAAACAUUGUCGCCGAGGUGGACGUCAGUAAACACAUCGGUCCGGGAGACACCCUGCAUGCGUCCUAUUCACUGCUUCCGGUUAGAGGAACAACCAAAAACUGGAUUGCCGUGGAGGGUGCGCUAUUCAGUAGCAGCUUCAACGAUCCCAGUGCAGCGGCCUACAACUCCAAGCUGGCAACCAGUGCGCCCCGCGGGAUUCUAUCAAUGCUCUCCGCAUCGGAGGAAAAGAACGUUUUCGCCAUAUAUGUGUCCUAUUACGUUAAGGUUAAACUAGUACUCAGCAGUAUGGGAGGAGAGGUUUCACUUAAGCUACCGUUCGUCCUGGGCAAUGUGGAAAUUUCCGAUCCCAGCGCUAAUCCGACUACCCUCAGCGGUCUCAAGAAGCUCCGGGAGCUUAGCAGGAAAUCCAGCUGCAUCGCCAGUAAUGGCGGUAGUAGUAUGGACAUUGUACCACGAUCACCGGUAACCAAAGAUUAUAGCACUCCAGAGUUUGAUGACGAUCACGAUACCACCGAUCGCAUCAAUAGAAUUGCUGAACUCAACAAUCAGAACAAACGAAUGCCAGGUCGGUCAAUAUCAGCUGCCUCUCCGACGCGAUUACCAGUUAAGGAUAACGGAACCAACAACCGGAGGGAACUUUUUAAAAAUUCUAAAUUUAACGAUAACCUCAACAGUACAAUCGAUGUGAUCACCGAAGACUUUCAAACAAUCACGGCUAAUAUCAGCAAUCUGGUCAAGUCGGACUCGAGCAAAUCGAAUCUCAACGAAUCGGGUUUGGCCUGCCAGCAAGAGAUUAGCGUCGAGGCUCAGAUCCACUGUCCUCUGGCAACGGACGACGGCCUUACGCAGAAUUGAUUUAAGCAUACCAAAGAACGAUUACCAAGUAGUGAAAUAUUGUUAUAGGGCUAUCCAUGAAGCUGUUUUCCAUCAAAAAGAGCUGUCACUCAUAUAACAAUCUGUCGAAGACCUCAUGAAUCAUAGCGACCAUGGCACCUCCAGGAUCGAUCUGAGAUCAAUGAAAUAUCUCAAAAUGAAAUACACUCUGGCAAAACCUCUCGUAUUUUUCAAUCCAUAUACUGUAGCGCCAUUGUUGCGAAGCGGAGAAUGUUUAAUUAUUUGCAUUAAAUAAUCAUACGAGGACAUAUACUCCAACGAGAUACUGAACUUUCAAAAAAUAAAAACUUUUAGUUGAUCGGCAGCUGUUUCAUGAAUAGCCUUUUAGCAGUUGUAUGUAAUGCACCUUCCCUAAGUUAAUCAUAAGAUUAGAUCUAUAAUCUGUAAUUUUGACCUUUUACCGAUUCUCAACCUGCUGGAUAGCGUUGAAUGUUUAUACAAGAAAAGGAAACUAAACGGUAAAGUAAGUUUUACCAAGUAUUAUUUUUACGAACUGUAAAAAAAACUGAUAGUCAUAAUAUAGAAGGAAACAAAUGAUCACUUUUA